UCUAGCUAUCUAGAUCUAGAUCUAGACCCCUGUCUAUAUUUUUGAUAAAUCGAGCUCGAGAAUUUUGAUAAAAACAAUCAGAAGGGUGAAUUUUUGAUAACAGUUUGUCUUAUAAAGAUACCAUCCCACAUUUAAUGUUGUGCUGCCGAAAAAAGAAGCGUGAAAGAGAAGAAAAGCCUGCAGGCAGAUCAGAGGCUUCAGAUAGCCGUGAGAGCGUAAGCAGCAGCUCUCGUUGGAUCAUGGGCAACUCCAACCUGAAGCAGCACAUAGAGACUGCCCAGAAGACGGGAGCCUGUCAGCUGAGGCAUUUGAGUCUUAAGGAGGUACCGGAAGAACUUCAAAAGUUGUCCAAGAACUUGCGCACCGUAGAUCUGUCUGAUAAUAGAAUUCCCCAUCUGCCUCCAUGGUUUGUCACUUUUGCAAGCCUGAAAAAUUUGACUAUCAACAACAGUAGACUGGCAUCUCUACCAGAGGACUUUGGGCAGCUGAAAAAACUGGAAGUUGUCAGUUUAUGUUCAAACUCAUUGACUAGCAUUCCACGUUCAUUUGCUAAUCUCUCCCAUCUGAAGACCUUGGCUUUAUCUGGAAACAGACUUACGGCAUUCCCUAAGGAGCUAUUAAAUUUGCAGCAGCUGGACUCCAUAGAUCUGUCCCAGAAUGCGAUAACAGAACUGCCUCAAGACAUGUCCGGAUUGCAAGCCACUGAACUGAACUUAAAUCAAAAUCAGGUUUCACUUCUUCCCAAUACCAUUGCUCAAUGCCAGAGGCUGAAAGUCUUGAGACUGGAAGAAAAUUGCCUGGAUAUUUCAGCAUUUACACCUGAAAUUAUGAAGACCUCCAAAAUUAGUCUGUUUGCCGUUGAAGGAAACAUGUUUGGCAUGAAGGCUUUCAAUCAGUUGGAUGGCUAUGAUGAGUACAUGGAGCGCUAUACAGCAACUAAGAAAAAGUUCAACUGAUGACUACUCCAGCUCAAGCCCUUCCUGGUAAUGUGACUGCGUCUUGUGGUGGUGUCUGAUUCGAGUUCAGGGCGGUCCAAAUGUUUCCUUACCUGAGGGGGGAAUGAACAUGUAAAUGUGAAACUAAUCGUCAUCGUGACCAAGAAGUCCCGUGCUGUUGGAAAGUUCUGUAUCCAGAUGUCCAUUGGCUGAAGCGAGCACUUGAUGUUGAAUGAUCCUCCAGAACAGGGUACUUGUUUGUCACAUUUUCAGAAUGCCCUUACCCCCUGACCCCAUUAGUUCCCUCUUAGGUCAAAUGGUCACAGAACUGGACCCUCUGUUAGUUGCAAACAAAAACUACGGAUACUGAGACCUGUAUAAUAAUCUGCCUGGUUAAUUAAAAUGAUGGGCACCUCUCUUCUUGCUUCCCCUUGUCCUGGCUUUGCAUUUUGUUCAAAGUGCUUGCUUGCUUCAACUGGAGUAUUUUGUAAAUGUGAUGGUUCCAUAUGGUAUGGAUUUCAUAUUAAAGUCACGCAGUUGAAAGUGUGACAUUAUUUAACAAAAUGUUUUUCUUUCUUUUUCUUAACAAAGAUUUCUUUUUUUAAGCUUCUGGCGGGAAUGAAACGUAUUGUCACUGUCGCAAGCAAUCUGCUUGAGUCCAAUUUUUUAGAAUUUUCGAUUGCUACACACUCUCAAUGCUCUAUCAAAGAUGCACCAUUGACCACCACCAAAAUGCAGUAUAACACUAUAUGGUCAAGGCUUACAAUUUUUUUGCCUUUCAUGAUUCCUGAUAGGGGCAAUACAUCAAAAACUAGUUUUUUUUAUCUCUGAUGUAAAAAGUACCCAUAUGGACUUCAGUGGAUUGCUUGUGACACCAAUGGUUUUUUUCCAAACACAAGGUUGGAAUAAUAUUUUCUCUAACCUAGCACUUUUUAUCAAAGUUGCCGACUGUCAAAAAUGUACUGAAUGAUAUGUGAUCUUGUUAUUUGUUAUAUACAUUGUUAAUUGGAGUCUUUUGUCUCUUCUUUCUGUGAAUAAUGAGUGUGUCAUAUAUUAAUCCAGAACAUUGACUUCUUACAAGCUUUAAGUAAUCAUAAGGCACAUUGCAAAAAGGUUUCUUUUUUUCUCUUUUUCCUUCCCCUCUUACUGAUUGUGACUCUGUCCCCCUCCCCCUUCCCCCACCCUCCAUCACACUCACAGACAUACACUCAAGUGCACAAAGGCAUGCAUAGACUUGGUAUGUAUAUUUCUUUGUACUUAUUUGUGGUGCGACGCAGUGGAAUCAGGCGCUCGUCAAUUUUUGAGCGUAUGGAGUUAUUCAUGACCUCUUAAAGCUUCUUCAUUUGUCUUGCAUUUGAUGAAAAAAAUACCCAUCUAAUUCUAAUAGAAGUUGAGCUAUUUGCAAUUGAAGGAGGUGGGGUCGCCUGGUUUCAGGGGUAAAAUUAGCAAGAAAAUGGCCACCAAAGUUCUGUCACUUCCAUAUCUUGAGAGUCCUUGGAAACUGAAAAUUUACAUUUUUGUGUGCCCCUGUAGUCAAUGGUUUUCAGGGAUUUCCACGCAAAGAUAUCUUUUUAAAUGGACAUGAAAAGUGUUGAGCCAAAAAA